AUGUUUUGCACCUCGAGAGUUACAAUCAAAGGGAUUGGUGUAGCAGUCAUUAUUGUUUCCGGUUUAGCACUUCUAUUCCUCCAAACGUGGUCAUUUAGCCAACUGGAGGCUAAAGACACACAACUUCCCUCGGUUAGGCAGUUGAAGGACGUUAUGAAUGUGAGUGAGCCUCUAUUUUUCUCCUCCAUCACGUCAUCAGAGCAUCCCAACUGCAUUUCUUUUCGUCAAAAAUUUGUAAUGAUCACUCAACCUGAUGGAGAUAUGAAUGUGGCCUUCACAAUGGUGGUGCAUAAAGAUGUGCUUCAGAUUGCUCGUCUAUUACGCAUGAUCUAUCGAGUGAACAAUUACUAUUGCAUCCACCUCGAUGCACGUUCUUCGCCCCACUUUCAGGCGGCAAUGCGUGGUGUUGCCACGUGUUUUGGCUCAAAUGUGGAAUUAGUGCCAAAAGACAAACGAAUUGCAGUACACUGGGGCGAUGAAUCGGUUCUGCGGCCCCAGUUCAUUUGUGCUAAACAGGCACUCCAAAGGGAUCCCACAUGGCAUUACCUUGUCAAUAUUGUGGGUCAAGAGUUUCCCCUCAAAACCAAUUUGGAGUUGGUGGCUGCUCUAAAGGCUUUGAAUGGAUCCAACCUUGUUGAAGCCUUUCCAAUCAAUCGAUUUAGGCAUUGGGUGAAAAACAAGACUUUGCCCCUUAAUGUGAGUUAUUUUGUUGCAGCCUUUUAUUUCGCCUUAGUCAGCCUCAGACAUUCGUCAUUAGUUGUGAGAAUAAAAAACAAUAAAUGA